AUAAAUUAAUCAAUAAUCUUUUGGUAAUGAAUAAAUAUGCUACAUCCUAAAGGUUAAAUGUCAGGUAUUAUAUUAGACAUAAAGACAAUAUUAAGAAAUUAUUUAUUGUCAUUUAUAGCUUAUAUAAGUUAGUAGUUCCGUAGAAAACAUUUACAUAAUAUCAUGAAAGAAGGAAAUAACAAAUCGACACAAAAAUUAAAUUUAAAAUCUCUUUUAAGCCCACAAAAAAAAAUCACCUACAAACUAAUAGCAGAAUCAGAUGUUAAAAAAUCUAAAGGAAUCGUUGAUUUAAAGUUGAUAAAAGCUGAUUUGCAACAAUUGAAGGACCCUCCUAUUACUCCAUGGGAAAGAAAAAUUUGUGCUAACAGACUUCCAUUUUCAUUUUAUAAUGUACCCUGUACAAUAUUAGCCAAAAAUAUACUGGGAAAAAUUCUUGUUAGAAAACUUGACAAUGGAAUAAUUUUAAAAGGAAAGAUUGUAGAAACAGAAAGUUAUUUAGGUAUUGCAGAUAAAGCCUCACAUACAUAUCAAGGGAAAGUAACACCUAGGAAUAUACCUAUGUAUAUGUUACCUGGGACAAUUUAUGUAUAUAUUACUUAUGGAAUGUACCAUUGCUUCAAUAUAUCUAGUCAAGAAAAAGGAAGUGCAGUACUUAUCAGAUCUCUAGAACCUUUAGAAGGUAUAGCACAGAUGAGAGAAAACCGCAAUGAUAAGGUACAUUCAAAAUCACCCAAAAAAUUAUUAAAAGAAUUAAAAAUACAUGAUUUAUGUAAUGGACCAUCAAAAAUGUGUAUAUCAAUGCAAAUUGAGAAAAAGCAUAGUAAAUAUUCAAUGUGUGAUUGGAAUGGACUUUGGAUAGAAGAUAAUGUAAUACAGGAGGAAAUGAAAAUAGUUGAGUGCCCAAGGAUUGGAAUUAAAAGUGCUGGAGAUGAAUGGGCACACAAACCUUUAAGAUAUUAUGUGUAUGGUCAUAAAUGCGUAAGUAAAAGGGAUAAAAUAAUAGAGGCUGCUUUAUUCUAGAUGAUGUAAUAUUUUAUU